AUUUACAUAAUUCCGAACUGCUCCGUUCUUUCUUCCUCACUCUUCUCCCCAUAAACCCUAAACCCUACCACAGAAAAAGCACACAGCUUUCUCUAAACCUCUAUCUAUCAAUGGCAGCCGCCGCCGUUCUCAGAUCCUUCCGUCACCGUGAAAUUUCCUCCGCCCCUAUUUCGGCUUACAGAAUUUUAACUGGAAACACCAAGCCAUCAUGGGCUUCGAGCAACAAGUUUGCAGGUCUUUUAAGGCCAUUCAGCACAAAACCUGUUGCAGAUGAUGUAAUUGGUAUUGAUUUGGGGACGACUAACUCUUGUGUUUCUGUCAUGGAGGGAAAGAACCCGAAAGUUAUUGAGAACUCUGAAGGUGCUCGAACUACUCCAUCAGUAGUUGCUUUUAGCCAGAAAGGCGAGCUUUUGGUGGGAACGCCUGCAAAACGACAAGCUGUCACCAAUCCAACCAACACAGUCUUUGGAACAAAACGUCUAAUCGGUAGGCGAUUUGAUGACCCUCAGACCCAGAAAGAAAUGAAGAUGGUACCUUACAAGAUUGUUCGUGCCAGUAAUGGAGAUGCAUGGGUUGAAGCUAAUGGCCAACAGUACUCACCGAGCCAGAUUGGUGCAUUUGUUCUUUCUAAAAUGAAAGAAACUGCUGAGGCUUAUCUCGGCAAGACUGUAAACAAGGCUGUGAUUACUGUUCCUGCUUAUUUUAAUGAUGCUCAAAGGCAAGCUACUAAAGAUGCCGGCAGAAUUGCUGGUCUCGACGUGCAAAGAAUUAUUAAUGAACCUACAGCAGCUGCGCUUUCUUACGGGUUAAACAACAAAGAAGGACUUGUUGCUGUUUUUGAUCUUGGUGGUGGGACUUUUGAUAUUUCGAUCCUUGAGAUAUCCGGUGGAGUUUUUGAGGUGAAAGCCACGAAUGGCGACACGUUCUUGGGAGGCGAAGAUUUUGAUAACGCUCUUUUGGAUUUUCUUGUGAGUGAAUUCAAAAAGACUGAAGGUAUCGACUUGUCAAAAGACAAGCUUGCCCUCCAGAGACUCCGUGAGGCGGCUGAGAAAUCCAAGAUCGAGCUCUCGUCCACAUCACAGACUGAGAUCAACCUGCCCUUCAUCACAGCCGAUGCCUCAGGUGCAAAGCAUCUCAACAUAACUUUGACCAGGUCAAAGUUCGAGGCUCUCGUGGGCCACCUGAUCGAGAGGACGAGGGCCCCUUGCCUGAGCUGCUUGAAGGAUGCCAGCACAAAAACUACUGAGAUUGAUGAGGUUCUGCUCGUUGGUGGCAUGACACGUGUCCCUAAGGUUCAAGAAGUGGUUAACCAAAUCUUUGGCAAGUCUCCCAGCAAAGGGGUGAACCCUGACGAGGCUGUGGCCAUGGGUGCUGCAAUCCAGGGUGGCAUUCUUCGAGGAGAUGUGAAAGAGUUGCUUCUUCUUGAUGUGACCCCACUUUCCCUUGGUAUUGAGACGCUUGGUGGCAUUUUCACGAGGUUGAUCAACAGGAAUACAACUAUCCCCACAAAGAAAAGUCAGACAUUCUCCACGGCAGCCGACAACCAAACCCAAGUAGGCAUCAAAGUCCUCCAAGGCGAACGUGAAAUGGCCUCGGACAACAAGCUCCUGGGCGAAUUCGAGCUCCAAGGCAUCCCCCCUUCCCCACGUGGCUACCCACAAAUCGAGGUCACAUUCGACAUCGACGCCAACGGCAUCGUGACCGUCUCGGCUAAAGACAAAAGCACCGGCAAGGAGCAACAAAUCACCAUCCGUUCGUCUGGCGGCCUCUCGGAAGAAGAUAUUCAGCAAAUGGUGAGAGAGGCUGAGCUGCACGCGCACAAGGAUCAGGAAAGGAAGGCACUCAUUGAUUUGAGAAAUAGGGCUGACACGCGCGUGUAUGAGAUUGAGAAGAGCUUGAACGAGUACAGGGAUAAGAUUCCGGCUGAGGUUGUGUCUGAAAUUGAGAAUGCUGUCUCGGAUUUGAGGGGGGCGCUUGGGACAGAGAAUGCGGAUGAUAUUCAGGCGAAGCUUGAGCUGGCGGAGAAGGCGGUGCAGAAGAUUGGGGAGCAUUUGGCCAAGGGUUCGGGUGGUGGGCAUGAGGGGGCGGCGCCGGAGGCGGAGUAUGAGGAGGUGAAGAAGUGAGGGGGUUUUAUUAUGGUCAUUUAUGGAAAUUGUGAGAUUUUUAUUCUUUGCCUUUUUAUGUUUUUUGGGGUAGUGUAUUAUUAUUUAUAUGUUCUUUUGGCUUUUGGGAUGUAAUGGAAAUUCAGGAUUUGUUGGUGACUGACUUGUGUUCUUCCCACCUGGUGGUUUUGAGUAGCAACUAGAGAUGUCAAUAAAACCCGUAGGGUCGGGUUACCCGCGGGUUACCCGCAUUUUCGGGUCGGGUAAACCCGUGAUGGUCGGGCUUCGGGUCGGGUUCGGGUAGAAUUAUGCUACCCGAACCCCGGGUCGGGUCGGGUGCGGGUAUAGUAGAAAAACCCGUUACCCGAUCCGAUUACCCUACCCGUUUACCCGCACAUUUAAUUUUACAUAUAAAUAUAUAUAAGUG